CGAGACACCCGUCAGGCAAGGCCGUGCCCUGCAGACGGGGGCGGCAGAGGGAACCGCUGCACCGAGCUCUGCUCCUGCUGUGUCGUCACCGGACCUUGACACUCAAGACUUCAGUUGAGAGAGUGUGUGUAAGCACACACGCAUACAGGUACACACUCACUCUCGUUUCUUUCUCUAUCUUUUCCUUCCCUCGCUGCAGGGAAGUGUAAGUGAGAGGCGCACCGAGAAAGCAACCCAGAAAACUGGGAACCACCCCUGCCACCCUCUUUUUUUAUUUCCUCCGACAUGUUUCCUUCCCUCUCCUGGGAUACCACUAUCUUUAAUAUCCACGGUCGCCUCGCAUCCCAUCGCAUCCCAUCGUAGCACUGCUGAGAGAGAAAGAAAAAGCACUCGCUCGAUAGGUAGGAGGGAUUUAAGUGAGUCGUAAGUCCCCCCUGGGAAAUACCACGCUGCGUCUCCUCGCUUCACCUCACCAUCCAUGGCCGUGAUCCAACCCAACCACCCCCAUUUGAGAGAAUGACAGACAAGACUGGCACUCCCCCGUGCCACAUCCACCCACCCAUCCAUCCAUCCAUCCCAUCUUGACCGAAUACCGCUUUGCAUCUUGCAACCCUGGACCUGACCUGGGCUUGACUUGACGGCCUUUACCUUGCUUUUGCGCUGCCCAGUUUGUCAUGGCUUGCUGCUGACCCGAGGGGGGCCAAACACACCCGACCUGCAUUGGUUCCGUUUCUGCUGCCUUUUCCCGGCUGGCUCUCACUCACAAAUCGCAACACUCUCACACGCAAACACGCGCCCACACCCACACCCACACCCGCACUCACUCACACCUCGUACCUUGUUUAUUUAACUACCCUCGCCCGUCCCAACCACCCGCCGCGCCCUCGUUCCCCUCCCCCCCUUCCCCCUGGUCGACAACGGGUCUAGAUGAAGAAGAAGAGAAAAGAAAAGGGCUAAAGAAGAAAAAAAGAACCUGUCUUCUUUUAAUCCCUCUCAGUCCCCUCGGCGACUGCCUAGCUCAACCAGCCCACUCUUCAACUCUCACUCGUCUCUGGCAACAGCAUCGCCAUCGCAAAGCGCAAUAAUAACAGCAAUAACAACAUACAGGGCGCAUACACAGAUACCCUCCGUCGCAUUCGUCGUAUUCGCACUUACACUACACACUGCGCAUCGCACAACCCACAUCACACAACACACAACACACAACAUACCACACGCAUAACAACAACAAGUACACGGCACUUCCACAGCCAGCCGUCUAGGCUAACGUUCGCCCACGAUGUUGUUCGCCGUCAUGUUCGCGGCGACGCGGUUUCUGCAAAUCGUCACCUUGAUCCCGAUAAUGGGCAUGCUCGCCUGGUUCGUCGACGGCUUCGUCAAGCGCAACGUCAUCGUGCCCGACUCGAUCCUCGUCCUCUUCAUCGUCUCCGUCCUCGCCCUCGCCUGGGCCAUCUUCACCCUCUUCAGCUACCACCGCAGCAGCGCAAACGCCCUCUUCGUCGCCGUCGUCGACCUCGCCUUCGUCGGCGCCUUCAUCGCCGCUGUCUGGUACCUGCGCGGCAUCAACCACGUCGACUGCACCAACCUCGCCCGCGACGGCCGCUGGUCCGCCAACUUCCCCGGCCUCAUCACCAUCUCCGGCCCACGCUUCAACUUCUUCACCAACAAGCCCUGCGCCAUGCUCAAGGCCUCGUGGGUCUUUGGCAUCAUCAACACCAUCCUCUUCUUCUCCACCGCCGGCCUCGCCUGGCUGCACGGCGACCGCCUCUCCUCGAGCUACGAGCGCAAGUCCUACCACCACGGCCGUCACCGCCGUCACCGCAGCCACAGCCACGGCCAUAGCCACGGCCACAGCCAUCGCUCCCACAGCCGUCGCAGCUCCCACUCACACCGUCGUGUGUACGUCUGAGGGACCCCUCCCUGUCCGGAAACGGGGGUUGGGGGGGAACCGGGGGCCGCCGAAUUACGACUUUGAGAAAGGAGAAUGAAUGAACACAUUUAUCUAUACAUAUUUAUCUUAUAUCCACAAACGAAAAGAGCUGAGAGAAAGAUGAAUUAUGGAAUGACACGAUAAGGCCGAAAGGAACAAGGAGGGUUAGAUACUUACAGGAAAGGGAAUGGAGGGGUUUCUCUUGUCAUGAUUGUUUUUACUAGCGACCCAGCGCAUGCAUGUACGAGGCAUGCAAGACUCGAUAAUGAUGACGACGAAAUCUUAACGAUGUCGAUUGAAAGAAUAAACGUCUUGUUUUUCUUGAUGAAUUUGCUUUAUUGUGUUUUUUUCGUUCUAUUUUUCAUUUUUUUUAGUUCUCGAUUUAUUUAUUUUCCUCGUCCGUCUAUUCAUUCCCCUUGUGUCUAGCCGCGCGUGAGAGAGUAUUUUGUCUCUUCGCGGCGCAUCCGUCCGGUUGGUCCCGACCAAGCCAGCGUUGUCCCUCUUGUAAGACGCAGACCGCCUCCAGAAUGGUGGGGGGCAAGGACAUUGAUCAUAACCUUGGCAUCCAUCUUUCCAGCUUCUUCCCCCGGUAUAGGUCCAAUGCCAUCCAUCAUCCAUGUAUCCUGUGCCAUUCAUUUUGAGAUCCCUCCCACUACCGGUCCCAUCCUGACC